UCAAAACAAAAACAAUGUGCAGCGCAGUGAAGUGAUGGUGGUUUUUUUGUGCUCCUCACAUUUUUACUAAAAAGUUCCAAUAUUUAACAGAAAUCCUGCGGUAAUUCUUGAAAAAAGAUGAAAAAAUUUAACAUGAAGAAAUCGAAACCUUCAAAGCCGGUCUCUUCGAAGGUGAAACAGGUGGAAGCUGAUUAUGAUUCGAUGAUUGAAAACGGAACGGACGACGAUUCCAACGAUGAUGAUGGCCAGGAGGAUGAUAAUCGACAGGAAAGUGAUAGCGGUCAGGAGAGUGGUGGGAGAUUUGUGCGUGCUUUGGUUAACCCAGAUAAAAAGCCAACAAAAGGAGUGAAACGUAAAGCCAGUGAUGAUCAGGAUGAGGAACACAUCCAGAAGAUCAAGGCCUUGAAGCAGCUGUACAAGGCCCCCACCAUGGAGGAGAUCAACCGCUUGAAGGAAACGGAGAACUUCUACCACUCGAAUCUGUUUCGGCUGCAGGUUGAAGAGAUGCUCAACGAGGUGAAGAUUAAAGUGAAAGUUUCGAAUUACGUUGAGCAGUGGCUGGGAGAUUUCCGGAAGUUCUUACGGACGGUCAAGGAUUCCGAUAGUGAGCGAUCGCUGAAAGACGUCGAUUACGAUGGGGUUGAUUAUCCUUUGGAAAUUCCUGAUGAUUGUGGUGUUUUGGAUAAGGAAACUUUCAAAUUCGUGCAGCAGCGGAUAGUGCACCAGAUGGGAGCCACUCGACUGGGUACUGGUUAUGGGAAGCCCCUGAAAGUGGAUUUGCUGCUGGAAAUUCCGGAUAAGUGCUUCCAUAAAGAGGAUUACCGCAACAUGCGGUACCAUCUGAAAAGGGCACAUUUCCUUAGCCAUCUGGCGGAAGCGCUUGGAAAGCAGUCCAAGUAUCCGUUGGCCGCUGGGAUGCGGUUCGUACCCUUGAAGGGGGACGCCCGCAAGCCGGUGCUGGAGUUGACGCCAGGUGACGACAAGUUUGCCAAGCGGGUGGUGUUUGUGGUGCAUGCCGUUCCGAUGGGAAAGUUUUCGCCGAAUAGAUUUCUUCCAGAUAAGAACAACGUUCGACCAGCAUUGAUUGGGAGCGAGGUGACUUCUGAACUUGCACCUACGCCGCACUACAACGCUUCCAUCCUGUAUGACUUGCGGCUGCUGAAAAACCAGGAAAUUCUGGACAGCAUUCUCCAAUCGGAUCAGGUUCGUCAGGCUAUCGUCCUACUGAAGGUAUGGCUGCGUCAGCGUCGUUUCGACGCCGGUUACUACGGGUUCGAUGGUGCUUUGGCAACGUUCUACGUUGCGUAUUUGCUGCAAACACGUAAAAUCUAUAGCAGCAUGAGCAGUUACCAGAUCAUCCGACUGUUCUGGAAUCAGUUGGCCAAUAGCCAUUGGGACACCGAAGGAAUCACUAUGGAAAUCAGUGCGAAUCUGCAACCGCAUCUAGCACAAUAUGAAGUUGUCUUUCUGGAUAGCUCGGGUCUCUUAAACAUCUGUGCGAAUCUCUCCGGAGAUUUGUACCGUCGAGUCAAACAAGAAGCCGCUACUGCUAUCCACCUGCUGGAUAACCACAAGGUCAACAGCUUCCUUCCCCUGUUCCUUAGCAAGUAUCCUCCCUACACGCAGUACGAUCACAUCCUCAGCAUCGACAAACCUGAUCUGAUACGAUCCGUUGUAGACACCUUCGGUUCCGACGAAGACAAAUUGAACUACUUCGGAAAUACACACGCCCACUUCCGGAAGAUGAUCUACCACCUUCUGCAAAGAGGCCUUGGACCACGGGCUUCGUUCAUCGUGCCAAUCCUCAUUCGGGAGGAUUCCACCGAUCUGCAACUAACGUUCGGCAUUCAACUGAACCCCCAGGAAGCGUUCACCGUGCUGGAUAAAGGUCCGGAAGCGAUCGAUAAGCAAGCUGCGGACGAGUUCCGGGACUUUUGGCGCGGUAAGGCCGAACUGCGUCGCUUCAAAGACGGUUCCAUCACGGAAUCGGUCGUUUGGGGCUCCAGUUCGGAUCCGAUCGGGGAAAAGCGUCUGAUCUGCCGGAAGAUAGCGCUCUACCUGCUGAACGCACACUUUGACAUCUCGGAAACUAAGCUGACCUAUUUGGCGCAGCAGUUCGAGGUUUCCGUCAAACCGGAUGGCGGUGAACUGCAGGAAACGGUCGAGGAGCGCUCGCUUGCUUGCAUCCGGGCGUUCGAUAACCUCAGCAAAAUCGUGAAGACCUUGGAUGGGCUUCCGCUGGCGAUCAAUUCGUUGGCCGGUACGGAUGCCGUGUUCCGGUAUGCCGAUCCGGAUCCGCCACGACCAACGGCGAAGGCACUGUUGGUUAAUGACCAGCUGAUGUUCCUGUCGUCGCACGUUGUGAACGCGACGAUUCAGCUGGAAUCCAGUGGAAAGUGGCCUGAUCAGCUGGAAGCGAUACGGAAGCUCAAGGCUGCCUUCUAUCUGCGGAUCGCGGAGUGUAUCCGGGCAUACGCUGGGAAGAGCGCGGAGCUGAUUCCACAGGCCUAUUUCGACUACCUGGAUAUUAUGUACGAAAAGUUCCUCUUCCGGCUACACAUCGUGCACCAGCGCGAGAUCACCAUCCAGCGGGAGUACCUCUCGGAGAACAAGGUCACCAAGCUGUACCGCGAUUCGGAUAAAAGCGUCCAGCUGGAGAUGCAAGCAAUCAUCCUGCCGAAACUGACCGGUAUCCUGCACGGUCUGCACCAGCAGUACUUCUCGUUCGGCUCGGUUGCUGCCAUGGCCAAACGGUGGCUCUACUCGCAGCUGAUCGAUCCGUUCCUGUGGCCGGACGAGUGCACCGAGUUGAUCGUGGCGUCGCUGUACCUGAAGCAGGAUCCCACCCUACAGCCGCAGGCCGGCUUCCUGAGGUUCUUGGAGCAUCUGGCCGGCACGGACUGGAGCAAAGAGCUGGUGCUGUUGAAUUUCAACGACGAGAUACCGGAGGAAAAGGUGGAAGAACUGGAGAAGCAGUUUAUCGACAAGAGGGAUAGCUUCCCACCGUUGGCUAUUGUGACGUCUUGCGAUUUGGAGAAAUAUGGGUUAUUCGCUCAGCGGGCACCCAGCCAGGAGGUUCUGACCCGGGUCGUGUUUCUGGCGAAGAACAUGGUGACGAUGAUCGAGAGCAACUUCAAUGCCAUUCGGAAUAAAGUUCAUAUAUUCUACCAACCGUCUUACCAAGGUUACGAUUUGAUCAUCCAUCUGGAUUCCACCAUCAUCCCCGCCACGGGAAUCACCAGUGUGGAAAACUUCACCAGAGGAAAGCGGUCACUCCUGAUGGAAGGGGAAACGAAAGACCCAGCAGCUGGGUUCAACCCUGUGGAGUUAUACCUGAGAGAACUUCGAGACGGCUACCGGAAGUUUGCGGUGUUCUUCCACGAUCACUGCGGUGGUGAUCGGAUCGCAGUCCUGUGGCGACCGGAUGCCCUUGAGGAGAAGCCUUUUACGACUAGCAACAUGAAUGGUCGUAUACUUACAAGAGAGGGUAUUCUAAAGUUGAAUACGGAAGCUCUGAUACAAGACUUCGAAAUCAUCGGGAAAGGAUUAGUGCAAAAGAUUGAACGGAAGUCCAACUAACAUUUAAUAUAAUAUAAUGUUUUCAUCUAUUAGUUAACACGACAAGGUA